AUGAAAUUUGGUGCAACCUCCGAGAAAGGCAGAAGGGGAAAGAAGGCCGGAUAUGGGAGAACGAAAGGGAAAGGGAAAGUGGUGACCCCACUCGUCUGUCCGCUGACUCUUCUGCCUCGCGAAAUAUGGGAGAGAAUUGCAGCAAGGGUUGCGUCGGCCUCGAUCCAUGAUCUGUUUAACAUGCAGGCGACCUGCAAGGUGUUUCUGGACGGAGCCCGCUUAUCUGCGGUGUACAAGAUGGCCUCCAUGGCGGAGAUACCCGUCGUGUUCGGUUAUGACAUGGAGAAUCGUCCUGAGGAUGUGUUCCUUUUUAAAAGCGCGCGCGCAGGAAAUCCAGCCGCUAUAUUCCGUAUAAGGAUGAGGGAAUUCUUCUGGAUGGGCCGAGAAGUCGGUGGGUGCGACACCCUGCUUGAGGCCGCCGAUGCGGGCGACGUUCAAGCCCGCUACAUGUGUGCGAUGCUGCUACUGACGCCAGGUGUUGGGGACGAGGCGGAUGCUGGCAGGGGGGUUGAAAUGUAUGCGAACGUACUGACUGCUGAAAAAAUCGAAUUGUGCAGAGAACUCUUCGGGCAGUUGUUCACAAAUCCGCAGAUUGGGGUCCACCCGUCGGAUCCAGGGAAGCCCAUAGUCUGCCGGUCAAGUGUCUGCCCGAGCCGCGGGACCAUGGGUGCCGCCAACGAUUCGUCGAGUGUGUCGUGCGUCCAAUGCCUUGCUGAGUUUGAGGUGUUGCAUUUCCUUAAUCUGUUUACUUUCAGAUGA